AUGCCAGAUUUGUUUUCCCGCGGUACAGUGACUAGCAAAGGUAGCAUGAAGCAGAGGCGCCAACGGACUGGAGGAAGAUACGGCACUACUGAUUUCGUAACGGAACCAGUUACGCAUGAUCACACGCAGAGCAUUCUAACAAAAAUCAGAGAAAUAGAAAAAGCAGCAGCGAAAGGCGACACAGACAAACAUAUUGAGACCGCACUGAAAAGCAUCUGCUCUUAUAUCAAGGACAACGGGUCAGCUUAUGAUGCAUCUCGUAGGCAUCUCUACGACCUUCAAGACCUAAAACUCAAACAUGACGUGUUAAUUGAGGCGAUGUCAGGGGAAGACUAUUCCUGGGGCCGAAGCAGCAUUCACGCUAUAGCUUCUGCCACUAGUUCGCUGAUAGUAAGCGAGCUCUCUACAGCAAGCGGACCUCUAGAGAAAAAGAUGAGUGCUUUAAGGGUAUUUGAAACCUUAUAUAUCCUUGCAGGCGUAAUAUUUUCUAGCGACGACAAAUAUGGCUUCAUAGAAGUCAGCUACAUUGGAGGAUUUGUCUCAUCGUCGAUAUUCAUAUACUACGCCCUCAACUUAGCUGACGUGUGUGCUGCCAAUAAUGCGUUGAUAGAUAUCAUAAACUCAAGGUACCUUUUGCUAAACCAUUCACAAAAAUUUUCGAAUGAGCGGACGGAAUCAACUUACUACGAGCAAGCAGAAAUGUCUUGGGCUGUUGGAUCUGCUGCUUCUAGAUACAAAAUUAAUGCGAGCACUGUUUUCCGCAUACUGCCGGAAGCUUUGACCAUGGUGGUUUCCGACGCAAUAGUGGAUGUUUUCUGUCAAUCUAUGUUUGCCUUGGAACGUCAAGACAUGGAAACGAUGUCUUUCUUUGACGCAGUAAAGAAUCUCGACGGCAAGUUGUGUAGAGGAAUUAUCGGAAAUAUGGUAGGACCUCGCUGGCUACCAGCGCGCUACGUUCUAACGCCUAUGGUGGCAUCAUCGGCCAUUAAAUCAAGUCUUCUCAAUGCUUAUGAGGUGAAAGCAGGUAAAUCUGUCGCUCUAUUUAUGGAGCGUGAGCAGGAUUAUUCUGACGAGAAAACGGACAUCAAGUGGACAAAACUGGGCGUUGAGAAGGAGAUAAUCUAUCCCGUACUGGCGUUCAAUCUUAUCAUGCUCGUAGUCUUAGUCGCAGCUUUAUACUGCGCAGUUUCGUAUAACGACACGUUUGCGAAUGCCCAAAUUGACGUUACUAGUUUCUUGAGCCUGAUACUGGUGUUUGAAGGCUUGGCCUUUGCUGGUUUUACAUCAGUGUACAGAGAGAACUGGUCAUUGUAUUGGAUGUUCCAGUUCAAGGUGCAUUAUAAUGACAUUAGCAAAAUCUUACAGCAUAAGGAUACUACCAGCAUAAAGAUAUUGCGUGGCAUACUGUCAAACAGGCAUAUAUAUUCGAAGCUAAUACAGCCAUCAAGAUCGUGCUGGAUAGGGGAAGGUACUGUGGAAGCCGACAACUAUCUUUCAUCCGACGUGCUACUGUGGUCUUACUAUGAAUGUGGCGUGAUAGAACUCGGUACAAACAUCCCUGGCGGCGGAUAUCGUGCUAUUAUGGUUAAGAUAAUAGGGGAAAUGUUGACAAUGGAGCAUAUAGAGCUAUCCGGAUUGAGCAGUGGACAGGCACACGUCAGAUAUAGCGCCGAGAGCGACAUGACUGACGUGACUUUGGGAUUUUUGCAGUCAGAUACAGAAAAUAUGCCUAUCGGAGCUGCUAAAGAAAAUGUUACAAACUCGACGGCGGCAUCGAAUGCAGAGAUAUGCAUUGCUACUGAUGUCACCUCAAGAGGAGACACUACGACUAGGCCGAUUGUAGACCAGCAUUUGCAACGGUAUCGAGGGUAG